AUGACCUUUGGUCGUUCGCACAACCUGCACCAUUUUCAGUACAGUAUUGAGCGGGAUCAACCCCUGGGAAGAGUGUCCUCGAUAAAGGAUCUGGGUGUUACAUUUUCAUCUGACUUCUCAUUCAAUGAGCAUGUUGACGACCUAUGUAGAAGAGCGUACAGGAUGCUGGGCUUCAUCACUAGGUCAACCCGCGGUAUGACAAGUCCCCUUGUCUUGAAGACUCUCUAUUCAUCCUUUGUGCGUCAACUCCUGGAGUAUGCUAGCCCAGUCUGGUCUCCCUACCAGCUGGGUCUUAUUGAGAAACUGGAAGCUGUGCAGAGGAAGUUCGUGAGAAUGGUGGGCGUUCGACAGGGGCUGCUCUACAGGGAAAUCCCUAUUGCUGGACUGCAGGCUGAUCUUCUUCUCCCUGAUCUUCAAGCGAGGCGGUGCGUCGCGGAUGUUCUGUUCCUGACGAGACUGGUUAGUGGACAACUGGAUUGUCCGAUGCUCCUAUCACAAGUGGACUUCCGUAUUCCCUUGGCAAGGACUCGAUCACGCGACUUGUUUAGUAGACGCCAUUGCCAGCGUUCCUACGUCUUCCACGGUCCACUCGCCAGAAUGGUCAGGCUCGGAAAUGGUUUCUGCGACAGGUUCGACGUCUUCAAUGAUAGGGCAGCAAUUAUUAGAGGACGUGUGCUGGCUGCUUUCCAGUAUACAGUAGAAUAG